CUCCCCGCAGAUGCUUCAUUCGUUCGCAAGCUUUCACAGAGGUUUCAUCAGAUUUUCUUUCUGACCGUCGUAGAAAACCUGAAUCGCACAGUCCGUGACCAGAUCAAAACCCGCGGUGCGAUGAACCAGUUCCAACAUUACCAGAACGCAAUUCCCAGUGGAAGGAUCAACAGCAACACCCGCCUGCGGAAGUAGUUUUUAUCUGAAGAUGAUGUUACAAGUUUAUCAGUGAAUCAAAGUGGAGCAAAAAGUUUUUCGAUAUAAGGAAAUUUCUGGAACAAAGGCAGCGGUUUCCAUAUCCGAGGUGCCAGAAUGAGUGCCCCAAUCGUCAUCACCGUACCGACCAAGUACAUCCCGAUCAAUUUGGCCCCGUUGGCCAUCAAGACCGAAUCCAGGUCGGCGUCCCUGUCGGACGCGGACGAGUCCACCUCGUCGAUGGAUGAGUUCCUGGUGCGCGGCAAGAAACGCCGCCUGGACCAUCUGACAUGGGAGGAGAAACUUCAGAGGAAGAAAUUGAAGAACCGUGUCGCCGCACAAACUUCACGCGACCGGAAGAAAGCCAAAAUGGAAGAAAUGGAACAAACCAUCCAACAGCAGACAGACCAAAUAAGCGAACUGCAACUGAAAUGCGCCUCGCUCCAAGCGGAAAAGGACACCUACUACAGUAAAUGUCUCGAGCUGGAAAGCCGCCAGGAGGAGCUAGAGCGACGGCUCAACGAUCUCGCAGCACCUACAGUUGGCCACAGCCACCACCGCCAACAAGUCGGAACCCCAAUCGACCCCAGUAGCCUCACACAGUGUUGGCUCUGCUUCCACCCUACUAGGAUCAGCAGCAUCCGCCCAAACCCCUCAGCAGCAGGGAUCUUUUUCAAUGGAAGCACAGACGACACUGAGUCAGGACAGGACGACGGGCCCGAAGACCGACGAAGAAAAGGUAGCAACGCUGUGGAAGAUAGUUGCUCUCUGCCUGCUCUACAGGACAUGCUCGAAGAAUUCGACGUGUCCAAGCUGGAAGAGCUCGCCGAAAGCCUCCUCGCUAAUGUCACAAGCGAGCUGGAAGGAGCUGAUGCGGGAAGCAUCCCGGUUGAUGCCCAAGGCUCAAGCCCCAGCGGCGGAAUGCCUGGACCAGUGGUGGGGACCCCAUCAGAACGGCUGGAAUCCAGCGAAGAAACUGAUCAAGGAAGCAGCCUGAACAUCCUGAACACCCACAACUACUCCAAGUCACCCUUUCAUGCGGAGAAACCGCACAGCACUGGCCAACAGCAAUCUAACAUUGGCCUCCCAGCGUCAACGAUCCUCGGAACCUACGACAACGAAAGCACCUGUAUCACAAUCAUCCUCAACGACGACGACGAGGAACUUCCACUGGAGGAGGAAAUCAUUUGCGAAGAAGCCGGAGAAGACUUCUUCAGCCACCAUGACCAAGGCGACUUCAAAGUCAAACUGGAACCGGUUCGGGAACUUCUCUCACCCAUCCCGAGCACCUGUUCCAACUACUCUUCUUCGGAUGACCUGAAACCGACCGCCACGGAGGAGGACGUUUUCAAGUGUCCCCUGACGCCGAGUUCCUUCGUGUCGGACGGUGGCUACGAAUCGUUGGGUUCGCCCAACCACGUUUCUACGGACUUCAACUUGACCGCCAGUUCGUGGGACGGAUUUUGGAAUCUGGAUCUGUUUCCCAUUCUAACGGAUAUGAACUAAGAAUGCAAAUUAGUACCCAGUUUUGUUUUGUAAAUAUUUUCCGUUCCUUCAGUGAUGUACAAAUUCAGCAUAAAUGAGUCGUUAGGUUCCUAAGAGUUCGAUAAGUUUUAAGGCUUCGUGAGAUAAGUAGGUUAAGGUCAGAUUGCUGUAAAUAGUAGACACUUACUAAGAGUUAGAUUGUUAUUUAUCUUAAUAUUCUCUCUGUUUAGAGAUAGCUAUUUAAUUCUACCAAUGCUGUGUAGUUGUCCCCCUAGUUGAUAGAUUUAUUGUUUUAUUUUGUGCACAAAAUAAAUGUAGAUUGCUAUCAUUAAUCAUGAUCUUUAGGUGAAGAUAGUCGUAAAAUACGAAAUGAUGGUUCAUGAUUAUUAUUGCAUAUUUUGAGAGUUUCAUCUUCACAUCACUCAUUGAAAGGAUGACUUUGGAAAAAAAUAUACUAAAAAAAAAUAACACACCA